CCCUUGGAUGACGUGAUCAUGUGAUCAAAACAAGGGUGUAAAAUGGCGUUGUGAUUUCAGCGAAACCACCCAAAGACCUCAUCAUUCAAUUAUUGUAACAUCGCCCAAGGUGGUGCUGAAUUUCGAGAUUGUGAGGGAUUCAUCUUCACUCAGAUCAUCAGAGCAUUGGUUGAUGUUCACAGCUUGUAUAUAAAAGCACCAGUAUGGCUUUGAGAGACGUUAAAGUUUGUCUCUUGGGGGAAUCUGGUGUUGGUAAAUCGAGCAUUGUUAUGAGAUUUGUAUCGGACAAAUUCAAACAAGCUUUGGAGAGCACCAUCGGAGCUUCUUUUAUGACAAAGACUAUAUUUGUAGAUGGCAGCACGUACAAGUUUCAGAUAUGGGAUACAGCAGGCCAAGAAAAGUACCGCGCCCUGGCCCCGAUGUACUACAGAGGUUCGGCAGCAGCCAUCAUUGUGUAUGAUGUAACAAGGGAGACAUCCUUCCAAGCCGUCAAAAGUUGGGUUCAUGAACUUCACCGCCAUGGCCCAGCGAAGAUAGUGAUCGCCAUCGCUGGGAACAAGUGUGAUUUGGAGGACUUGAGGGAGGUGAGAGAGAAAGAUGCUCAAGACUACGCCCGAGACAUUGGUGCCAUUUUCUGUGAAACCAGCGCCAUGACUGCGGUGAACGUAGCUGAAUUGUUCGAUGCUAUAGCACGCUUACUUCCCCCUGAGGAGCUUGGCGGCGGUGUGGGCCAGACGGGCGGCAGCACCAUCCACCUCAAGGGAAAUCAGGGGAGGAAAUCCAAGAAGUGCUGCGGUGGGUCUGCGGACGGGGACGCGUCGUCACAAACAGGAAACAGACGCAGCGGAGCAGCUUCGCGGGCGAGCGCCAACGCCUCGGUGUCGUACCCGUCUUGAUAGUUGUGUACUUAGUCGAAGCAUAGACCCGAACAAGACAGUGAUCACGAGAGCAGUCGUAUAGAAUUUUCUUUAGUUUGUGUCAUCCGUAGUGAGGUGGCUGGAUGCAUAAGACACUGCAGUAUUCCCUCGCCAUAUUGCAGUUCACAUUUUGCCGAGUCUGUACAUCGCGGUAUGGGAGUCUGUACAUCGCGCUAUCGGAUUCUGUACAUCGCUGUAUUUUCUAGAUGGAAAGAGGGGAACCGGGGAAGCUCUGUUGAUGCACUAUUGGUCCAGACGUGACUAGUCAACGCACGCUGUUCACUAGUACAAAUAGGAAGCUUUUUAGAUACUGUUUGUCUCUCGUACUUCAAGUGUAGAAAGUGCUUGUGCAGGGUGUGGGAGAGGCUAAUUAGACGAGGUAGUCCUGACCAAUAGCCGGGAAGGUGGGCAAAGUCACAAAUUGUGCUUUAGUUUAAUCGUUUUUUCCACAAAUGUAAUUCUGUCAUAAAUGCGUGGACUGCUAUGUCCAAUACAUCAAAAUGAAGAUCCACCUUUCUUCUUUUCUAUAACACAUCAUAGU